CCCAUCGAUAAUUAUAUGGAUCUUUCGAUUUGAGCGAAUGCGCAUGUGUGCACGUGGCAUCGUUUGGUGACGUUCUAAGAUGGCGGAUGCCGGCUUCUGAGGACACUUCUGAACAAAUCCACGUCCAAAACCCUAUACAAUCAUGCUGGCUGCCAUCAAGAAGAACUGGUUUCUCAUUGGGAUCGUCGUUGUGAUAUCUUUGGCAAAGAUAGCGCCAUUUAUUGGCGAAAAGGGUGGAAUUCUCAAACCGGAAUACACGGUGAAAUACAUCGCCGUGUCUGUGAUAUUUUUCAAUAGUGGAAUCUCGCUACGAACUGAGGACUUGAAAAGCGCCCUAACUCAUGUGAAGCUACACGUAUUUGUGCAGAGCUUCACUAUGGCCUUUGUCCCUAUGCUGAUGACGGCCAUAGUACAGUUUCUCUCUCAUACAUCUCUAAAUGCCUGGCUGCUCAAAGGACUUCUUGUAGUUAGUUGCAUGCCGCCUCCUGUAUCCUCAGCUGUGAUUCUCACAAAGGCUGUUGGAGGCAACGAAGCAGCCGCCAUCUUCAAUUCUGCCUUUGGGAGUUUUCUGGGUAUAUUUGUCACGCCAUUACUGCUUCUAAAUCUAAUUGGAACAUCAUCAUCCGUUCCCGUAACUAAGAUUUUCGCAACACUUAGUGUCACCGUAGUAUUCCCUAUCCUGCUCGGACAAGCAUUGCGUUACAGCGAGAAGGUCAAAUUAUGGAUGGAGAGAACAAAGCCGCCUUUUGGAACUAUAGGAAGCUGCGUGUUGCUGCUUAUAAUCUAUACUACAUUCUGUGAUACAUUUUCUCAUGAUAUUGGUGACAUUGACACUUUUAGCUUGAUGGGUAUUAUAGCUAUUGUAGUUCUUCUUCAGUGCUGUCUACUUCUUCUAACAUUCACUGUGUCACAGUUUAAAGGUCUAUCCUUCACGCCUGCCGACACUGUUGCUAUUAUGUUUUGUUCUACUCACAAAUCGUUGACCCUUGGCAUUCCAAUGCUGAAGAUAGUUUUUGCUGGCUAUAAGUACCUAUCGUUGAUCUCUAUCCCGUUGCUGAUUUAUCACCCAACCCAGAUCUUGCUAGGAGGAGUUCUUGUCCCAUUUGUGAAAAGCUGGAUGAAGUCAGCGCAAGCCAAGAAGAAAGAGAGGAGGGUUGUUAAUGGUGUACUUAUUAAUGCAUAGGUGGAUAUAGGUGGACGAAAUAUGGUCUUUUCAUUGCUCUUUAAGUUUCUUCACCAAAAAACAGAAGGGGUCCCCCUCCCCCCUGGGUUUUGUGGCAUUGAGGUAUUGGCCUUUUUUGUACAGUAUUGUGGUAAAAGAGCAAAAAAGAUGCGGUGAUGCGGUAUUUCAUACAUGUGUAUGGUAUGCAAUAUUUUUUUUUUCUGCUGUAUUGUGGUAUUUUUUUAAAAAAAUUGAGGUAAUUAGACCUCCCCCUAAAACUUCUUGUCCCCAGAAAUGUUUAAAAAUGAGGACAUUUCAAGUUGGCUGGUUCUGUCAGUUGUAUCUUAAUUAUUCUACCCCAAGUUUUUCAAACCAGCCAUUGCCCUUGGCAAUAUAAAAGAAAUUGCUUUAAGUUCUAUUUAUGGACCCUAUUAUAUGCUAUUAUAUAUCAGAAACACCUUCUGCCUUGAGGUUUCUCAAAUUUGGCUUUCAGGGUUAUGGAAAUCUGUUUAACACAUACCAAGCAAAAAAAGAAAGAAAAAGUAGUUACUGAGAAUAUAGUAGGUUUAAAACUGGAAAAUACACAAAAUAUGCCUUCUGUUAGUAUAAAGUAUUCUCAAAAUAUUUGGUUACACUUGUGAAUUGGAAGCUAUGUAAUCGUCACAAAUUAAAACUAAAAAAUAUAACAUUUUACAAACAGUA